CAUUUUUGGGCGUUGCCUAGUUAACUAUAAAGUCUUGAAUAAACUUCCAGUGAGCCCCUGCACUCUUCACUGAAUCUCAAACUACAGUUUCUGCCUCUUUGAGACCUGCACCCACAUCUGCAGCCAUGACUGAGUUAGAGAAUUGCUUGGUGUCCCUGAUUACCUUAUUCCACCGUUAUGCCGAUGAAGACGGUGAUGGAAAGACCUUAAGCAAGGAAGGAGUGAACAAACUAAUAGUGACUGAGUUACCCACCUUCCUGAAAACCCAGAAUGACCCGACGGCUGUGGAGAAGAUCAUGAAGGAUUUGGACCAAAACAGAGAUGAUAAGGUGGACUUUCAAGAGUUUCUUUCCCUCGUCGCCGGCCUCUCGAUGGCCUGUGAGAAGUUGUUCAUGCUCCAUAAACUGAAGAGCAAGAAGUGAGAUAGUGAGAUCAUGUUGUAGCACAUGGGUGCCAGAUUUUCAAGUAAAAACUGCCCUUUACAAGA